ACGAUCAGUAUUGAAACCCUCAAUGCCAUGGCUGCUAAGAAUUCCAUGAACGCAUUUCUCCUUCCCAUCAGACGAAGGGCAUCAGGAGGAGUGGAGGAGAAUGUAAUAGUAAGGUUCAGCAGCAGCAAGCAACAGGGGUCGGCCACGGAGCUCAGCAGCAACAUGCAUUCCAUCCAAAGGAGGGACAGCGCUCAUGAUCGUGAUGAUGAUGAUGGUGAGCAUCAUGAGCAGAGCAAAACUAACAGAACUGCAAUUACUACUACUACUACUACUACUACUACUAAUAAUGAUAAUAAUAAGAGUGGUGUAGAGAAGGAAUGUUGGAUGAAAGAUCCGAAGACGGGGAACUGGAUUCCAGAGUCUCACUUUGACCAGGUUGAUGUUGCCGACCUCAGACGCCACUUCCUUCCCCACAAAUAUUAACUACGCCUAACUUCUAAUUAUAUGAGAUGAUAUGAUACUGUGUGUGCGCGCUCUCUCCACUUCUAUAUGUCCUAAUUACUAAGUAAGAAAAAUAAAUGCGUUCCUAGUUUUUAUAUUUAUAUGCAUCUAUGUUUUGGUACUGUAUACGUGAGUUGCAUUUAAAAAGUUGAGUCAUCUAAUAGAGUGAAAGAAGUUUGAAGUUU